AUGUCGGUCGCGAGUAGGGAAUCGUUCAUCCGUAACAACAACCUCUGUCGCAACUGUCUGAGGUCAGGUCAUCAAGCCAAGAAGUGCACAUCUCGCUUCUCGUGCAGGAACUGCAAGGCCAGACAUCAUACGAUGGUAUGUUUCCAACCGGAAGGAGGAGGAAAUGCGCGUAGUAACCCGACUGAGAUGGUGCCGACUACGAGCAACAACAAUCAACGCCAAUCUACGCUAGGUGAAACCGCAAGCACAGCCGCUGGUGAGCAGGUGUCCUCCCACGUGGCUAAUCGUCGAACGUCGAAAAUACUAUUGGCAACCGCUGUGGUACUGAUCGAGAACGAGCAUGGUCUUCGCGUACCGGCACGUGCUCUGCUCGACUCCGGAUCUGAAUGCAACUUCAUAUCGGAGAAACUUUGUCAACAACUGAGGAUACAACGGGAAAAGGUCGACGUUUCGAUCACUGGCAUCGGAAAUGCCACCACCAAGGCUAAACACAGGGUUCAAGCCACCAUCAAGUCACGGUUUUCGUUCUUCUCACGGGACCUUCACUUUAUCGUGCUUCCAAAGGUCACAGUUGAUCUCCCGAUGACUCAAGUGGACAUCACGGAAUGGGAAAUUCCAGACGGCAUCGAUCUGGCCGAUCCGUCAUUCUUCAAACCAGGGAGUGUCGAUCUGGUGAUUGGCAUUCAGGCAUUCUUCAGCUUCUUCAAGACUGGGAAAGAGCUGUCGCUCGGCAACGGAUUGCCUACUCUAACUGAAUCGGUUUUCGGUUGGAUCAUUUCCGGCGAGGUGGUAGAGACUUCACAACCAACCACGAUCACCUGCAACAUGGCGCUCACUGAUCGGUUGGACGAGUUGCUGGAGAGGUUUUGGGCCUGCGAGGAAGUAGGUGACUCCAACAACUAUUCGGUGGAUGAAACUCGCUGCGAGGAGCAGUAUCAGCGCACGGUGAAACGGGCACCGGAUGGGCGCUACACGGUCACUCUACCAAAACACGAAGGAGGUUUGGAACAGCUAGGCGACUCGGCAGAGAUCGCAACCAAACGGCUGUACGGAUUGGAAAGGAGACUGGAAAGGGACUUGGAAUUGCGUAAACAGUACAACGACUUCAUGACGGAGUACAUAACUCUAGGGCACAUGGAGAAGGUGGAUGACGAUUCACGGGCGAACGUCAAGCGGUGUUUCCUUCCGCAUCACCCUGUUCUACGCGAGUCAAGCACUACAACAAAGUGUAGGGUGGUGUUUGAUGCCUCAUGCAAAACAUCCUCGGGCGUCUCCUUAAACGACACACUGUUGGUAGGGCCAAUAGUGCAACAAGACCUGCGUACGAUCAUGCUACGAGCUCGCGUUCGCCAGGUGAUGCUGGUCGCCGAUGUCGAGAAAAUGUUUCGACAGAUCGACAUGGACCCAGAGGACCGACCACUUCAAAGCAUCAAAUGGAGGUUUGGACCGAACGAGGAGGUGGCCUCGUACGAGCUAUCCACGGUGACCUACGGCACCAAGCCUGCACCGUUCUUAGCAACACGCACACUCAAGCAGCUCGCGACUGACGAACGGGAACGGUUCCCGUUGGCGGCGGAAUCUGUCGACGAUGACAUUUACAUGGAUGAUGUUAUUUGUGGAGCUGCUGAUCUGGACACCGCAAUCAACCUGCGCCAACAGUACGAUGGAAUGAUGGCCAGCGGUGGGUUGAGAUUGCGGAAAUGGGCGUCGAACUGGGAAGACGCACUCAAGGGAGUUCCGAACGAGAAUUUGGCUUUCGCUGACGAGGUCAGCUGGGAUCAGGACGCAAGCGUUAAGACACUGGGUCUGACGUGGCUACCAAGAACUGAUCAAUUCAGGUUCAACUUCCAAAUUCCUGAAAUCAAAUCCAAUCAACCUUUGACGAAACGGAUCGUCACGUCAAUUGUCGCACGACUUUUCGACCCACUCGGCCUGAUAGGAGCUUGCGUCGUUGGGGCGAAAAUCUACCUCCAGGAGUUGUGGGAUCUGAUCGACAAGGAAACUGGGAAACCGAUCGACUGGGACACGGAGUUACCAGCGACGGUGGGUGAGAAAAUUCGACGUUUUUUGCUAAAAAUUCCUCACUUGAACGAGCUUCGCAUUCCGCGCUGUGUGCUGGCACGAGGAGCCACAAAGUUCGAGCUGCACUGUUUCACGGACGCGUCUGAAAAGGCGUACGGAGCGUGCGUUUACCUUCGCAGCAUGGACGCUGAAGGCAACAUUUCGGUUCACCUGUUGACGUCGAAAUCGAAGGUCGCACCCGCAAACUCCAAACUCUGCCCCGCCUUGAGCUCUGUGGUCUCGGUGAACGUGUACUACUGGACGGAUUCAACCUGCGUUUUGAUGUGGCUGAGGGCUGUACCAAGCACAUGGGUCACGUACGUGGCCAAUCGCGUCGCCAAGAUUCAGGCGUUGACGGCAGGUCACACUUGGCACCACGUACCAGGAACGAUCAACCCAGCUGAUCUGAUCUCACGUGGAAUCCCACCUGACAUGAUCGGAAGUAACGUGAUCUGGUGGGAGGGACCGAUUUUCUUGAAAUUGGAGAAAGACCAAUGGCCAUCGCAACCAACCGUGUCCCCGGAUGAGGCACCGGAGAGGAGAAAAACGGCGUGCACAGCAACUCAAGAACAAACACCGUUCAGCGUUGACUUCGUUUCAAGGUAUUCGUCGUACAUGAAGCUCGUCAGGUCAACGGCGUACUGGUUACGGUUGAAAGCUAUGCUGCGUCACCAAACAUCACCUAAACAACAUAAAUUCCUCUCUGCGAUGGAGUUCAAGCGUGCUGAACUGGCCAUCGUUGGAAUGGUCCAACGGGAGGUGUUCGCGGACGAACUGAAGGCUUUGUCGGAAGGGAAGUCGGUUGCACGAAGCUCUCCACUGCGCUGGUUCACCCCUGCUGUUGACAAAAACGGUAUUCUACGCGUGGGUGGAAGGUUAUCGCACUCGCAGGAGACACACGACACCAAGCAUCCCAUGGUUUUGCCAGCUAAGCAUCCACUGACUCAGCUGAUCUUCGAGGACUAUCACGAGCAACUGCUGCAUGCUGGACCUCAACAACUUCUCGCAGCAGUUCGGCAGCGUUUCUGGCCACUAGGAGACCUAGAACCCCUGACACCGGCCCAUUUCUUGACUGGAGGACCAAUCCAUGCGCUGCCGGAACCGGACUACAGCAACGAGAAGCUGAACCGCUUGAGUCGUUGGCAGCUGGUACAGCGACAGCUUCAGGACUUCUGGACACGCUGGAGGAAGGAGUACCUGACUCAGCUGCAAGCCAAGCCAAAGAAUUGGAAAUCGCCGGUCAAGGUGGACGUUGGCAUGUUGGUAAUCAUCGUGGACGAGAAUCAACCUCCGAUGCGUUGGAAACUUGGACGGAUCGAAGAACUACACCCUGGAGAAGACGGAGUUGUUCGAGUGGUGACCGUUAGGACAGCUACUCGGAGCUACAAGCGGCCAGUCGUCAAGCUUUGCAUUCUACCAACACCUGAUUCCGAGUCUUCAUGA